AUGGUGAAAAACCCUUCGUCUUCCAGGGUUUUACCCAGUAAUAAAUCCUCGAAAUCGGCGGUCAAUGGCGCUACAAAGAAGAAGAAACCACGGAGGAAGGUCGCUUCAAUGGCGGAAAAAGAAAUCAAAGUGAUUGAGAUCGACGAUUCGUACCCUUCACCCGACCGUUGGGCGACGCCUUUGAGACCCGUUUUCUGUCUGAAGAACAGGGAUCAGAUAAAGCGGGCCGAGGAGAAUGAGGAGUGUUUCAUCCUCGAGUUCGAUCCGUACGAUGAUAUGGAGAGCCUAAGGUCUCCAUUGUUAAAAGGUUCCGAUGAUGCCGAGGCUGAUUUGCAGGUGGUGGCUGAAAAGGGGCAGGUAGCUUGCAGAGAUUAUCCUCAUUCACGACACAAUUGUGCUAGACAUCCUUUCGAGAUGACUCCUCAUGAGAGUCAUUGUCAAAUGUGUUUCUGUUAUGUUUGCGAUUUAUCUGCUCCAUGUUCGAAAUGGGUCGGAUCCCAUUGCCAUGCGUUUAACAACGAGGCUUGGAACCAAGAAAAGAAAGCAAGGAAGCAAAGACUGAAAGACUGUACAUAA